AUGCCUCGAGAGGACUUGCGGCUCCUGGUGAAGCAGGAACGGAACCUGAGGAGCUUAAUGGACAGCAUGCAAGAGUUUUUGAACGAAUACCAAGCGGAACGAGAUUACAUAUCUUUGAAGUAUCGGAUGCAGAAACUGGAUGAGGUGUACGACAAGUUCAUUCGAGUGCGAGAAAACAUUGAGGUGAUCACCGACGAUGUGGAAAUGGAUGUUGGAUUGGAAGGCGACGAUGAGCAGUCAGCUCUCGAACGUGCGAUGCGAAUCAGCGAGCGCGAAGAGGUCAAUAUGCGCAUCAUCAAGGAUUUUGAGAACCGUUUUUUUGAAAUAAAGCAUAGUUUGGGAGUGCUUGAAGCAGCCGAAAGUCGUUCCUGUACCAGUGUUCAAACUGUCAAACCAUCAACAGCGGUUGAUUCAAUGCCAAGAAUUAAGCUCCCCGAAUUGAAACUACCGACAUUUAGCGGAAAGUUGCAGGACUGGAUCACUUUUCGUGAUACAUUCACCAGCAUGAUCCACAACAAUGCGCAUCUAUCCGAUAUUGACAAGUUUACCUAUCUGCGAACGUCGUUGACAGAUGAUGCAUUAAUCGAAAUAGGAUCCAUCGAAUUGACAUCGGCUAACUACACCAUAGCCUGGCGAACACUCGAAAACACUUUCGAAAACAGAAAGCUGCUUGUGAAGUCAUAUCUCGACGUAUUGUUUGCUGUCAGUCCUAUGAGUGAAGAAUCUUAUGAUCAGCUUAAUAGAGUGGUAAAGGAUUUUGAGACAACGUUAAUGAUGCUUCAAAAGGUCGGUGUUGAAACUGAUGGGAUGUCAACCAUUCUUCAGCAUAUGGUGUGUCAACGUCUGGAUGCUGCUACUCUACAACGCUGGGAAUCUUACCACAACUCUAAGGAGGUUCCAUCGUAUAGGCAAUUGAUGGAAUUUUUGAAGUCAAGAUGUCUGGUACUUCAUAACAUCUCGCUAGUUCACUCUGUUCAAGGGGAAGUGAAGAGGCAGUCUCGUUUUCCAGCAGUAGGUCAUCCCGGUAUACAACAGAAGGUAACGUGUCCUUUCUGUGGUGAAUCUAUGCAUUCCGUGUUCAAAUGUAUGAAGUUCGUGAAGAUGAAAGUGUCCGAUCGUGUAGAAGUGGUGAAGAAAAGAUCAUUGUGCCUGAAUUGUCUUUCGUCAGGCCACAUUGCGAGAUAUUGUUUGAAAGGGUCCUGUCAAAAUUGUGGAAGACGUCAUCACACCCUCCUGCAUGCAGGCCCUCCGGUAUCGCAGUUCAAUUCAGAACAGUUACGAGUUCCCCAGCAAUCUAAUGUAAGCGCGAAUCAACAGCCACCACAGAACGAAACAGGGAUAUCAUACGAAGUUUUUCCUUAUUCCACUCUCCAGAACCAGACAGAUCUAACGCACAUCCCCAACCCGAGCAUGAAUAACCUCCCAUCCUCAAGUACCACAGAUAAUCCUUCUACUAGCCACAGUUCUGUAUUGUCCGCAAAUCCUACCACUCUUCCGAACACUGUCCUGCUAUCUACAGCAGUUUUAACAAUUGGGGAUGAAUACGGGAAUAUCAUUCCAGCUCGAGCUUUAUUGGACUCAGGGUCACAGCUAUGUUUCAUGACUGAAAGGAUCGCUCAGUCUUUGAAAUUUCAUCGAUAUCGAGAGUAUCUUCCUGUCAAAGGCAUUGGGCAAUCGAAAACUUGUUCCACCCAGUCUGUUUUCGCUUCGAUUGGUUCACGGUGUUCUGAUUACCGCUCUACUUUGAAAUUCCACGUUCUCCCGAAAGUCACGGCUGAUAUUCCAGUGAAAAGGAUCGACAUCGGUAGUUGGCAGAUACCUCCAGGAAUAACCAUGGCAGAUCCCGAGUUCCAGAAUCCUGGUGGUAUUGAUCUCAUUCUUGGAGCAGAAGUCUUUUAUGAUCUGCUGUUGGACGGGCAGCACAAGUUAGAUAGCAUUGGGCCUAUACUGCAGAAUACUCAACUUGGUUGGGUUGUUUCCGGCAAGGUUUCCGAAAAAUCCAGAGUUCAAGCCACUGUUUCAGCUUCUUGUACCGAAGAACGGGUUAAUGAAUUACUAACUCGUUUUUGGGAGUUAGAAGCUUGCCACAAUUCUAGUACGCUUUCACUGGAAGAAUCGGAGUGUGAGAAGAUUUUUGAAGAUACUACUACGAGAGACUCAUCUGGAAGGUUCGUUGUUAAGCUCCCUAGGAAGGACUUCCUAAUCCGUCUGCUGAGAAGUCAAGCCGAGCGUCGUUUUUGGUCUUUGGAGUGCCGUUUAAAAUCAAACCCUGAGUUGAAAGAGGAGUACAGCUCAUUCAUUCACGAGUAUCUGGAGCUUAAUCAUAUGCGUGAAGUUAUUGCUGAAGAGGAAGGAGAUAUAUCAAAACCGCCGCCAUAUUACAUGCCACAUCAUCACGUAUUGCGUCCUGAAAGUUCUACUACUAAACUACGCGUAGUUUUUGACGCGUCCGCUACAACGACGUCUGGAAUUUCGUUGAAUCAAGCACUGAUGGUCGGACCUGUACUCCAGGAAGAUUUAGUGUCCAUAGUUCUUCGCUUCAGAUUGCACAGAAUCGCUAUAGUUGCAGACGUAGCGAAAAUGUAUAGGAUGAUUAAUGUAGUCCCCGAAGAUCGUCGUCUACAGAGAAUUGUUUGGAGAGAUUCACCAGAUGAGCCUUUAAGGACAUUUGAACUAACUACCGUUACGUACGGCACCGCGUCUGCCCCCUAUCUAGCCACGAAAUGCCUACAACGACUUGCGGAAUGCGGGAAGAAGAAGUACCCUAUUGCGGCCAAGACUCUGAGUGAAGAUUUUUAUAUGGACGAUUGUUUAACGGGUGCAGAUACUAAGGAGGAAAGCAUCAAAAAAUGCUGUGAACUGAAUGCUCUAUUGUCGUCUGCGAAAAUGCUUUUAAGAAAAUACAACUCGAACAACGUAGAAGUUCUUUCGGUUCUACCUGGCGAGCUCCGAGACGAUAGGAUUUCCCUGGAGCUUGAUGCAUCGCAGACUAAAAUUAAGACACUGGGCCUCAUUUGGGAUACACAAUCGGAUUGCUUCCAUUUCUCUGUGCCUCAGUGGAAUUCUUCUACAGAAAUAAACAAGCGUAUCAUUCUCUCCGACUUUGCCCGUUUGUUCGAUCCCCUAGGAUUGGUCGGUCCUGUUAUGGUUCAGGCCAAGAUAUUUCUCCAGGAGCUCUGGAAGCAGAACUGUUCCUGGACGGAAACGCUUUCCAAUCCUUUCCAGCAAUGGUGGCUGGAAUAUCGGAGCAACUUGGCUGGACUAUCCAAUUUACAAGUUCCACGAUGGGUCGCCUUUGGUUCGGAUGUUAUCUCCGUUGAGCUUCAUGGCUUCUGCGACGCUUCCACUAAGGCCUACGGGGCCUGUAUCUACCUGCGUUGUACGCGUUCCAACGGAAUAAUUUCGGUAAAUCUUCUGAUCUCCAAGUCUCGAGUAGCACCUCUGGAUGAUGUCAAGCGUAAGAAGAAGAAAAUGACAAUACCAAGGUUAGAGUUAUCGUCUGCCCUCUUACUCAGCCACUUAUACGAAAAGGUGACAGGCAGUUUAAGAAUUUCUGCGAAAUGUUUCUUUUGGACGGAUUCCACCAUUGUGAAGUGCUGGCUCUCUUCGCCACCGUCACGGUGGCAAAUGUUUGUUGCUAACAGAGUCAGCGAAAUCCAGCAUUUAACAAAAGAUGGAGUUUGGAAUCACGUUGUUGGUAUGGAAAAUCCUGCGGACGUCCUGUCUCGUGGUGCCACUCCUGAAGAACUACUAAAUCAUGAGCUUUGGUGGCGAGGUCCAGAUUGGUUGGAACUCUCACAUGACGCAUGGCCGAAAACUGGAGGUACCGAUGAAACGGAGUUUGAGCACACACUUCUUGAAGAGGCUGCAGUUGCUGGACCCGCUCAAGUGGAUUCACCGAAUGAGAUAUUUUUAUUGAAGAGUUCGUUCACCACACUGGUUGAUCUAGUCGCAUUCUGCCGAAGAUUUUCUUUCAACUGUAAGAAUAGAAACAGCCAUCGCGUAGGAUGUUUAACAGUCACCGAAAGAGAGGAAGCUUUACGAGUACUCGUUAAACUAGCUCAGAAAGAAUGUUUUCCUCAAGAAAUAUCCGCUGUCGAUUACACGGGUGAAGUUAAAAACACUUCAAAGCUGAAAUCGCUUCGCCCACAACUGGUUAACGGAAUUCUGGUCGUCGGAGGUCGUUUAGAGAACGCACCGAUUGCUGUUGGAAGGAAGCAUCCUAUAAUCCUUGAUAAUCAUCACCCGUUUACGCUGCUGAUCGUCAACCACUACCACCUCGUCAUGUUGCAUGCUGGACCCCAACUACUCACCGCUUGUGUUCGAGAAAAAUUCUGGCCUCUAUGUUUGAGAAACUUAGCCAGGAAGGUUGUUCACAGUUGUGUACGUUGUUUCAAAAUCAAGCCACGAGCUAUGGAACAAGUUAUGGCAGAUCUUCCAACAGAACGCGUAUCGCCUGCACCUCCUUUCGCUCGAGUCGGCGUGGAUUAUUGUGGACCAUUCAAGUAUCGGUUUCCUAUCCGCAACUCUGCGCCGCGCAUCUGCUACGUUGUGAUCUUUGUUUGUUUGGUUACGAAGGCUUGCCACAUCGAUAUGGUUCAGGAUCUUACAACCGACGGGUUCAUCGCCGCUCUACACAGAAUGAUUGGACGUCGAGGACAACCAGAGCUUAUUCUCUGCGACAAUGCUACCAACUUUGUUGGUGCUAAAAGAGAACUCGAUGAUCUAAGGAAGAUGUUCAACUCCCAACGUGCUGCUCUUUCCGAAGCCGCCGCCAAAAAUUGCAUAGAGAUGAAGUUUAUUCCACCACGAGCUCCUAAUUUCGGCGGUCUUUGGGAAGCCGCUGUAAAAUCUAUGAAGUACCACUUGAAGCGUGUUGUUGGCUCUGAAAUAUACACCUACGACGAGUUCUACACCCUACUGACGCAGAUUGAGGCAUGUUUAAAUAGUCGACCGCUAACACCGCAACGGGACGAUCCAGCAGAUCUUGAAGUUCUCUCUCCUGGGCAUUUCUUCGUGCACCGUCAACUAACCGCCUUACCUGAACCGUCACUUGAUCAUCUCCGAGAAAAUGUUUUAUCUCGCUGGCAAAGAGUUCAACGCCAUAUGCAAACAAGUUGGAAGAAGUGGUCAACUGCCUAUCUGUCCGACUUGCAAAACCGUGUCAAAUGGACAAGACAGCAGCCGAAUUUGAAAGAAGGCAUGAUGGUGAUCAUCAAGGAGGAAAACUUGCCACCGUUGAAGUGGGCACUUGGACGAAUCACUGCACUGCAUCCAGGGCCUGAUGGAAAUGUCCGCGUUGCUGACAUUCGCACGGAAGAUGGCAUCAAAUCUAGAGCAAUCUCCAAAAUUUGCUUGUUACCAAUCCGGGACAACGAUCCCGAACCAGCUGCAAGAGAAGAGUAG